AUGGCCCGGGAGGCUCUAGACCUCCACACCGCCGGCCAGAACGACGAGGCGCUGGCCUGCGCCACCGUGCUCGCCCGGGCCAACCCGGACUCCGCGCUCGCUCUCAACCUCGUCGGCACCCUCCACGUGCACGCCUCCAGCGUGGCGUGGAACGAUAGGGCCCCCGGCGACGACGAGGCUGCUGCGAAGUUGGAGGCGUCCCACCACCGCGACGCCCUCGCGGCCUUCUCCGCCGCUGCGCGCAUCGCGCCCAACUGCGUCAUGACCGGCAUCUGCCACGCCAAGCUGCUCGCCGCCAACCAGCGGUUCGCCGACGCGAUGAUGGAGCUAUUCCGCGUCCUCUCGACGAUCGCCAGCCACGCCGACCCGGCGGUGAACCACGUCGGGUACGACGUUACCGGAGGCAACACCGCCAAGUCGAGGAAGGCUGACGCUGUGCGCAAGGCCGGCGAAAUCAUGCAGGACUUGACGCGCAUGAUCAACAACGACGUUGUGCCAAUACAGGCCGCCAGGUGGCUCCGCGAGGACGCCACUGCUGAUCAAGUGCGAGCGCGUAUGAAGCUUCUCGCCGAGACCUAUCCUUACUCGGCGCGCGCCCAAUUGCUCCGCGUACACAUGGAAUUGGAGCAAGUCCGUGCCCUCGACCAGGGAUUUCGCAGGAAGGGGCUUCUGCGUGGCGUUCUCGCCAUGAUUUCUGACGCGGCGGGUAACUUCGACGGCUCGCUCCUGAUUGCCUUGUUCCACGCCAAAGUCUUAUUCGCCCUGGAUGAUUUUGAUGGAGCGGAGAGAGAGUGCCGCCGAGCACUUCGCAUCGAGGAGCCGACUGACCCCAGGUGGGAUGACAUACCUCCUGCUGUAUCUGUUCCCGGCGCAGAUUACGAAUCCAGAGUAUCUUCUGUCAAGAGACAGCUCCGUAUCUUGCUCAAGCGGAUCAUAGUUGUGGCUGCCGUAUGCUGGAGCUCUAUCCAAACUACGCAACAGGGCGACAGGGUUGACAGGGUCAUAUCACUGAGGAUUGACAAGCUGAAGGAGCACUAUGAUGGAAUCGACAAGUCGGCGGCCAAGACCAUAUCUGAUGUAGUGCGCUUUCUCCAGGAUCAGAGUUCAUGGAGUUUCUUUGUUUGCCCCAAUACCAGUUGUAAUGGCAAAAAGUUUCCGGACAUUGAAUCGCUCUGGGUACACAUGCGCAAGAAGCACCGAGAUGAGCUCUGGGAUAAGCUGCAGUCAGUCUUAGGUUCAGAUCUCUAUGAAAAUACAGCAAAGGAUGAUGAUCAUCCACUUGAUGCGAUAACUCUCCGUCAAGAUUCAGACAAGCAUGACAUCUUCCAUUUACCAGUGGUGCAACCUAUGUUUGAAUCCUUGCUCCUUUCACCAUCCGUUGGAAUCCAAGCAGAACCCCUUGCUGAAAUGCGACAAAGGAAAUGCACAGAAGGAGCUGAGAUCAUUGUGGAUAUCAAGAAGAAGCUGAGGAUGUUGCCUAAAGAUGAACUUAGCACCAAGUAUGAGGAGUUGUGUUUCACAAUACAUGACUUGUGGCUUAAGUUCCUCAAAACUUCUGCUCUGGAUCACCGUGAAAUCAUCCUCCCCCUUGCGAGAUCAUUCCAAUGGAUACAAAUGAAAAAUUCGAUUGCUCUUAGCGCAAAGGAUCUUGGUAGGUUCAUUGGGGAUGCCGAUAUAGACAUUAUGCCCGGUAAAGUUCCUGCUGCCCCUGACAGGAAUGUUUCUGUGGUACAUGGCUCAAAACCCUCACACGCCAGCAAUAUUGACAACCCAAGUGGUGAAAACCUACAGACAGAAAACUUGCAGCCUUUGUGCUCAGACGAGACACUUAAGGAUGGUGAAAAAUGUGAAGAAAGUGAGGUUCAUGUUGUAGAUAGCAAUUCUGAGACCAUGGUAGACCAAAGAUCUACGGAUCCACCAAUUGACGUUCUUGCAGGAAGUGCAGAGGUGGAACUUGAAAAAAAAGAUAGGCCCGAGGAAGCCAACUGUUCAUACAACAAUGAUGGAGAGAAGAGCAAUGUUCUUUCACUAGAUCACCUUCCUCCAAUUAGAACUCGUAUUCAUUUUGUCAGCAAUGCUCAGAAUGCCCAGAAUGCUCAGAAUGCUCAGAAUGAUCACAGUCGUCCUAGAUUUAUACCCUUGGAGGGAUGUUCUGCUAGUUUUGCUGCACAGCUCAACAUGGAACGCUGGGUUGCUGCAACGGAGUUGUACAAUGUCCUAGAUGUUUCCUCUGGAACUUCUAGCCAAUCUGUCAAGGAAAUGGCAAGCACCUCCAGCUGUCAAAAAAGUCUAAAUGUAUUCAACAAGAUCAAUGCGGAUAAAGACCUGUCUAUCUUGAGCCUAGUCAUACGGUCAUUGUGCAAUCUGAGGCAUUUCAGAGAUAAUUUUCUAACUGAGCCACUUGUAUGGAUCCCGUCUGCUGACAAUGUCUGCAUUGCUCAGCAAUUUUAUGAAAUUUUCACUUCUUGGGAGAAAAAUGACUACCACUUAACGGAUGUUGUACUGACUUACAUGAAGACCCUUCUCUGUGGAGUAGAUUGCACCAUUUUUUCUGAAAAGUUGCAGGUUGGGUCAAAUUUUGCUUCUGAGAUUGCGGCCACAAUUCUCAUUGGAUUGCAUAUGUCAGAAACUUGUUCACGUUUUAGUUUAAACAAGGAGACGGAGAAACACGUGGUAAACCCAAUCACGUGCGGAGAUUGCAUAUGCCCAACACAUAAUCUUUUUGGGAUCAAAUUCAAUGUGCAAAUGAGCUGCGAGUGUGGGAAGUGUUCUGGCGAAUACCCAUAUACCGCACUUUUCCAUAAACUUGAUGCUGGUUCACCUCAAACAACAAAGAUCAAGUCCUUUGCAGAGCUUCCAGUUCUAUUGGAUGAACAGUUCUGUGAGGACAACAAAUGCAAGGAUUGUGGAAUUAUGCUGAAUACUGAUCUGUUGCUUUCAAACACACCACAUUUCUUUACAAUAGUUUUGAACUGGCUUGGUGGCAGUGAAAGCCAGGACACACUCUCUGAAGUCCUGGCUGGCAUCACGUCUCCUGUUGACACUGGAUUCUUUUGCAAAAGUGCCGAUUCUUCAACUAUGUAUACUGUCACCUCCAUGCUAUUUGGUAUUGGUUGAUACAUUCAUUGACCUGCAAAUUUACAAGUUAUGUUGAUUAUUGUUACUUCUUCCUUGGCUGUGGUUCGAUGCUACGUCAAUUUUGAGAUGUGCCCGCUGCUUCUCAUUAUCAGCAUAAAUGUUGUGUUAUACUCACAAAUGGAGAGGAACCAAGUUUUUAUUAGUGUAAGAUUGAAGCAAGGCUCCUCCUGUUAUUGUGGAAUAAAAUGGAGCACGGUACUAUAUGGCACUGCCACCAGGUUCA